UCCGGUUUACUGCGUUCAUACGAGAGGACGCGCACAAGUAGACGCAGUCCUGUGUGGUGGAGGUCAGCGAGGAAGGUUUAAUAUCCUGUUAAGGUCGUUAGUCGAAACUAAUAAGUCACCUGACAUCGACUAAUAACGCUAGCACAGCCACGUUAAAAAAACAUUUGGGGGAAAAAAAGGGAUAGGUGCCUGUUCUCGUUGGGAAGGUCCUAAAAUUGCCCAACUUGCUCGUGCCUCUCUCCACGACUCUCACGGAUCAUUUGAGGUGCAGGCAGAAGGUCGUUUUUGGGGUAAAAUCAUUCGGUCUUUCCGUCCUCAAGUUUGGCUUUGACUCAGCAGACUGUUUGUUUGUUGCUGAUUUUAUCUAAGGAACGGGGGGGGGUUACAUAAACAUGAGCCAUUAUGUUUUUGUUGCAGUUCCUUGUUUUAGACGUCAGCGAGGAGAACCUGUUGCACUUGAGGAAUGAGCUAUGAAGGCAGUUUUGAGGGCAAUUCACCGUAUUUUCUUAAAAUGUGCACUGUUUCCAAGUACAUUUGGCAAGACUGGGUCCCGUCCCACAGCCUCCGAGGUUUUGACAUGCCACCUGAUGCAACGUAGACUGCCACCAUGGACCUCAUACUGUGUCCGCUACAGUGCUGUUCACAAUGAUCAGUUUGGACGGUCAAACUUCAACUGGAGUGUCCAAGGAGCUAAUUACCAUAUACUAAGAACAGGCUGCUUCCCUUUCAUUAAAUACCACUGCACCAAAGCACCUCCGCAGGACCUGGACUUCGAGGACAAGUUUUUCACCAUGCUGAAAGUCAUCAAUCUAGGUAUCCCCUGUUUAGCCUAUGGUAUAGGCUGCUGGCUGGUGGUGGGGGCUGCAGAAACUGUGCAGACCAGUGCUGGACCUGUGACGGUCUACUUUGCCUACAAGGAGGAUGAAGGAGCACAGUUCUGAACUAAGAACUUAAGACUCUUGAAGUGUAAUUAAAAUCUAAAUACUGUGACCCUGUUUAUUUAUAGCUGUAUAAUUCAAUCAGUGUUCAUCAAUGUUCACCAAUUAAAUGUAAUUUCAAUUGCAUUAUUACAUUUGUUCAUCACAACAGUGUAUGAUUUCAUACUUUGUACACUGUCUGACAC